UGUACGGUUGACUGAAGCGCAGCAUCCGAAAAUUCUUGGACAGCCAGUGUUUUAGUUGUAAAGCUAUCCUCUGACAAUGGUGACGAGUCAUUCUUUUUUUAACUCUAUCGUGGUCUCAGUGAAAAUUAUCCAUUGAAGAGUUUCAGUGGUCAGGAGCACCUCAAGCACCUCAAAUGGCAUCCCUCGUGAAAGCUCAAAGUUCUCUCUAAACCAUCCCCAAAAUUUGAGACGUUUUCCGUGCAAGAUGAAUCGAUUUUUUGUGAUAAUUCAAGUGUUUUGUGCGAUUUUGUGUCCCAAAACCACCCAUUGUCUGCCAGAUAUCAUCAAAAUUGGAGGACUUUUCCAUCCUGGUGAUGACACCCAAGAGGUGGCCUUUCGCUAUGCCGUUGAGAAAAUAAAUGCUGAUCGUACGGUCCUGCCGCGUUCUAAAUUAUCUGCACAAGUUGAGAAGAUAAAUCCCCUGGACAGCUUCCAUGCCAGCAAACGAGUUUGCCACUUGCUGCGAACAGGAGUGGCAGCAAUUUUUGGGCCACAAUCUGCCCACACUGCCAGUCACAUUCAGAGUAUCUGUGACACCAUGGAGAUUCCCCAUCUCGAAACCCGCUGGGACUAUCGAUUGCGCCGUGAGAGCUGUCUCGUUAAUCUCUAUCCCCAUCCCAGUAUGCUCUCCAAGGCUUUUGUGGACAUUGUCCGUGCUUGGGGCUGGAAGAGCUUCACCAUCAUCUAUGAAACCAAUGAGGGAUUGGUACGUCUGCAGGAACUCCUCAAAGCCCAUGGACCCAAUGAACUUCCCAUCACUGUGCGUCAAUUGAGUGAUUCCGGUGACUAUCGACCACUUCUGAAGCAAAUCAAGAAUUCCGCAGAGUCCCACAUUGUUCUGGACUGCAGCACAGACAAAAUCUACGAGGUACUGAAGCAAGCUCAACAGAUUGGCAUGAUGAGCGACUACCAUAGUUACCUCAUUACAUCAUUGGACCUGCACAUGGUGCAUCUGGAUGAAUUCAAGUACGGUGGCACGAAUAUCACCUCCUUCCGGCUCGUUGAUCCAGAGAAGCCAAUCGUGCAAGACACAAUUGACACGUGGAUUUAUGGGGAAACCAAAUCCGGAAGGAAGGUGCCUUUUGGGAAGAUGACAAAUAUUUCCGUGAUACGAACGGAAACAGCCCUCAUGUACGAUGCAGUUCACCUGUUUGCCAAGGCUCUCCAUGACCUGGACACCAGCCAACAGAUCGAUAUUCAACCCCUAUCCUGUGAUGCUUCAGACACUUGGCCCCACGGAUACAGCCUCAUAAAUUACAUGAAGAUUGUGGAAAUUCGUGGACUUACCGAUGUCAUCAAAUUCGACCAUCAAGGCUUCCGAACGGAUUUUGUCCUGGACAUUGUAGAGCUUUCGCCUCUGGGAUUGAGAAAAGCCGGCACAUGGAAUUCAACGCAGGGUGUUAACUUCACAAAGACCUACGGAGAACAGCAAAUGGAAAUUGUGGAGAAUCUCAAGAAUAAGACACUUGUUGUCACAACAAUUCUCAGUUCUCCUUAUUGCAUGAGGAAGGAUUCGGCAGAGAAAUUGACAGGAAAUGAUCAAUUUGAGGGAUAUGCAAUUGAUUUAAUUCACGAAAUCUCCAAGAUUUUGGGUUUCAAUUACACCCUGAGACUUGCACCUGAUGGCCGAUAUGGCAGUUACAAUAAAGAAACAGGGGAAUGGGAUGGCAUGGUACGUGAAUUAUUGGAGCAACGAGCAGAUUUAGCUAUAGCCGAUUUAACAAUCACCUUCGAUCGAGAACAGGUUGUGGAUUUUACAAUGCCAUUCAUGAAUCUGGGGAUAUCCGUGCUGUAUAGGAAGCCAGUUAAGCAGCCACCAAAUUUAUUCUCCUUCCUGAGUCCUCUUUCAUUAGACGUCUGGAUUUACAUGGCGACAGCUUAUCUUGGUGUUUCUGUUCUUCUAUUCAUCCUAGCCAGAUUUACGCCCUACGAAUGGCCAUCGACAUCUUCAUGUGACCCAGGGAAGAUGGAAACUCAAUUUACGUUGAUGAAUUGCAUGUGGUUUGCAAUUGGAUCACUUAUGCAGCAGGGAUGUGAAAUUCUGCCCAAGUUUUCACCUCAAGAAUGGCAAAAUCCUCAUCCAUGCAAUCGUGAUUCCAGCACAUUGGAUAAUCAAUUUUCCCUCCACAAUUCCCUCUGGUUUACCUUUGGUUCCCUAAUGCAACAGGGAUGUGAUAUAAGUCCCAAGGCCGUUUCCACAAGAAUGGUAGCUGGGAUGUGGUGGUUUUUCACGCUGAUCAUGAUAUCCUCCUACACUGCCAACCUGGCGGCCUUUCUCACUGUCGAGCGUAUGGAUUCACCUAUUGAGAAUGCUGAGGACCUGGCCAAGCAGACUAAAAUUAAAUACGGUGCUCUUGGUGGUGGAUCCACAGCUGCAUUCUUCCGGGACUCAAAUUUUUCCACUUAUCAACGAAUGUGGUCCUUUAUGGAGUCCGCCAGACCGUCCGUAUUCACCACCAGCAACAUUGAAGGAGUGGAGCGAGUGGUAAAGGGAAAGGGGAGCUACGCCUUCCUAAUGGAGUCCACAUCCAUUGAGUAUGUCAUCGAGAGGAAUUGUGAAUUGACCCAAGUGGGUGGAAUGCUCGAUUCCAAAGGCUACGGAAUUGCAAUGCCACCGAAUUCCCCCUAUCGCACUGCAAUCAGUGGGGCUGUGCUAAAAUUGCAGGAGGAAGGGAAGCUGCAUACCCUGAAAACUCGUUGGUGGACGGAAAAACGUGGAGGUGGAUCAUGUCGGGACGAGCAGUCAAAGUCCAGUAGCACGGCCAACGAGUUGGGACUGGCCAAUGUAGGUGGCGUGUUUGUGGUGUUGAUGGGUGGAAUGGGGGUGGCAUGUGUCAUAGCGGUCUGUGAAUUCGUGUGGAAAUCCCGAAAGGUGGCCGUAGAGGAAAGGGUGUCGUUGUGUUCCGAAAUGGCCUCUGAACUUCGCUUUGCCCUCAAGUGCCGGUCAAAAAACCGCGGAGUACGUCACUCACACGCCGUUAAUGAGUUAGACAGUGCUGAAAAUCACCGAUUUCAUCCCCUCGGACCGCCCUAUUCGCAAUAUGAAUUUGAGACAAAAGCCGCAAUGGAAUAGAUCUGGGCACUCAAUAGAAUAAUCCAGCAUUUAGAAUUGAACUAAAUAUCGAAAAUCACGCUAUUUGCAGUUAACAGUGCACCCGAUAGAUUUAAAACAUAAUAAUUAAUCAAAAGAAAUCAAAAUUUUUAAUGUGCUUUCUUCGAAGAGGAAGAUAAUCUCGGAAUAUGUGCUUCUUAGGUUUUUCGAUAAAAAAAACUAUACUCGAAAUUUCUUUUAUACUUUUUUACUCAAUAAAAAACUACUCCCCAGACCCUAAUUGACUAUAAAGGAAUUUGUAUAUCGUUAAAUAAAUGAAUGUAAUUUGCAUUUAGAAAAGAUGAAAGAUAAUCACUAUCGCUCUUGGCUUUGUUAACUUCGCUGAAUUGGAUUGGAUUUUAUGAAAUGUUUAAUUCUAAAAGCAAUAUAUUAUUACUUAGUUUACCAUAAAUAAAUGAAAUAUUUGGCAAUUUUUCAUAAAACAACGAUUAAUCAAAAAUAUUAUCAUCUGUGAGUGUCAAGACUGCAAGAACAAUUGUGUUCCAAUUUAAUAACCGCUUUUUGUUGGUUUAAGCAAUAAUAAAAAUGCUUUAAUGAUAUUAAAUAAAUUUUGGCAAACAAAAUAUUAUAAAUUUCCUGCGCUUAAUGAUGCUAUAAGCAAUUUUCUUUUAAAUUAAAACAUUUUUAAUAUCCUUUUUAUUUAUAAUUUGCAAAUUUAAAUUUCAUAUAAAUUUGUUUAUUAUUCUAAAUUUGGAAAACUAUGUAAUUGUAACCUUGUAUAAAUACAUUAAAUGAAUACAGUAAA